AUGGAAGGGGAUUUACCUUUUCGUUACCUUGGGGUUCCUCUCACCUGUAAAAGGCUUUCAAUGCAUCAUUAUAUGAGUUUGGUGGACAGCAUUGGUAGCCGGAGUCGUCAUUGGAGCUUCAAAUUAUUGAGCUAUGCAGGAAGACUUCAACUAAUUAAUAGUACCAUUACUGCUAUAGCAGCAUACUGGAUGAGUUGUCUCCCUUUCCCCAAGAAUGUGAUUAAAACCAUUAAUUCUAUUUACAGGACUUUUCUAUGGACAGGUAGCGAGGAAAAGUCGAGAAAAUUCCCAAUUGCGUGGAAGAUGGUCUGUAAACCUCGGAGGAAGCGCGGUCUAGAUGUGUUGGACUUAUCAGAAUGGAACACGACUUGUUUAACAAAACUGCUGUGGAACCUUUGCAACAAAAAGGAUACUCUUUGGGUGAAAUGGAUCCACACGUUUUAUUUCAAAACUACAGAUAUUAUGCAGGUCCAGGAAAAAUAG